GUCCUAAUUAUUUGAUCACCCGGUCGUUUUUAUUUGUUAAACAUGCAGUAUACAAUAAAUAAAAUCUGUGCUCGUUAUCUCCGUAUGUUAUUUACUUAAUCCGAAGUGGGUUAUUACUCCAUUUCGCAGCGAAUAGAUACCAAGAUUAAGUGAAAACAAAAUGGUGAUCGUACCUGCUGAAUGUUUUUACAUCGCGCUUUAUUAAGAAUAUUUUGAAUAAAAAAAUCACCACAAUGGCUAAGGCGCAAAUCAACAGUAAUCAAAGUAAAGUUAUUGCCGCUAAAACGACGACAACUACGACUGUGACAGAUAAAUGCAGCCUGUGUUUAGUAAUAACAACCGGCGUGACGUUAAUUUUAGUGGUAAUAAUUGGGAUUUGCGUAAAAUUUUUACUGGACAACUACGUUUCAAACAUAACUCUUAUAUGUUUGAUAUGUUUUGAGAUAGUUCUCGGCAUUAUAGUUUUAUCGAUAUUAGCCUGGCGGAGAAAAAAAUCUAAAACCAAUCAAACGGUGGUGGCGGUUCGAAGAAAUGGCCAAUAUCAAAGUCUUCAGCCAACAGCACCAGUAGAUUCAUCUUGGGAUUAUACAAACAGAGAAACGAUGCCGGUUUAAUUAUUUAUUUUAUGAAUUUGUGGUCGUUUACAUUUCAAUAAAUCUACUAAAUGCACUUAGGUCAUUAGCUAUAAAUAACCUAUAAAUAUAUUUCAAUUACUGAUUUAUAUAAUUUUAUAAUAAAAUUUGUCUCAUUAUGUA